ACCCCAUUCUUCCUUUUCACUCAAUUCUCCUCCGCGGAUCAGAUCAAUACCUGCAUUUCACUCCACUAUCCUUUUUACAUUAUUACCUUCAUAUAUAUGACAGCUUUUCGCCCCUUUUCUUUUUUCUGAAUUUUCAAUAUCUGCUAAUUCUUUUUUCCUUUCGUUGUCGGUGUGUUAAUCAAUCUCGAAUUUGUUGUUUGUUCGAUUUAUAAGAUCUUUUGCUCCUCUCUUCUUCUCUACAGGGGAUUAGUCCCACAAGGGCGUGCGUCAUCGUUUGUCUCUUUGAGAACCUGUGAUGGUUGGGGAGAUUAAUUUGCCUUUUGGGUUUAGAUAAUUGCGUCAAGUUUGUUGGGCAUUUUGGAUUUCAGUUGGAAAGCCUACUGUUGCUAUGGAUAUGAUAUAGUCAAGUAGGGGAAAGUCAUCAAUUACACUGAGGGAAGCCUUUUAUUUCAUUUUAUACAUUUUUCUUACGGUUGAAGGAAAGAGCAAGCGAAAAUGAUCAGCAAGCCGCUCGUCUUGACUUAUCUCUACUUACUGAUCUACAUUUUGCUUUCCUCGGGAGUUAUAUUGUAUAACAAGUGGGUUCUAUCUCCGAAAUACUUUGAUUUUCCAUUUCCUAUUACGCUUACAAUGAUUCAUAUGGGGUUCUCUGGAGUAGUGGCCUUUUUUCUUGUACGUGUACUCAAGGUUGUAUCUCCUGUCAAAAUGACAUUUGAAAUAUAUGCAACAUGUGUAAUACCGAUAAGUGCCUUCUUUGCAUCAAGCCUUUGGUUUGGUAACACUGCUUACUUGCACAUUUCUGUGGCAUUCAUCCAGAUGCUGAAAGCCCUAAUGCCUGUAGCAACUUAUCUCAUGGCUGUUGUGUGUGCCACUGACAGUCCAAGGUGUGAUCUCUUAUUAAACAUGGUGCUGGUCAGUGUUGGAGUUGUUGUUUCCUCAUACGGGGAAAUUCAUUUUAAUGUAGUUGGCACAGUUUACCAAGUUACUGGCAUCUUUGCAGAAGCUCUUAGGCUGGUCUUGACUCAAGUUCUUCUGCAAAAGAAGGGCUUGACGUUAAAUCCAAUAACCAGCUUAUAUUACAUAGCCCCAUGCAGUUUUGUGUUCCUUUUUGUGCCAUGGUAUUUACUUGAGAAACCUGCAAUGGAAGUUUCCCAGAUUGAAUUCAAUUUUUGGAUCUUCUUCUCCAAUGCUCUCUGUGCUUUGGCCUUAAAUUUCUCCAUAUUCUUAGUAAUUGGGAGAACUGGUGCAGUCACCAUCAGGGUUGCUGGGGUUCUUAAAGACUGGAUUCUGAUAGCCCUUUCAACUGUUGUAUUUCCAGAGUCCACAAUUACUGGGCUGAAUAUAAUUGGCUAUGCAAUUGCACUUUGUGGUGUUGUAAUGUACAACUACCUAAAGGUUAAGGAUGUUCGGGCAUCACAAUCAACUUCUGAGAGCAUUCCAGAUAGGAUAACAAAGGAUUGGAAGCUGGAGAAGAAGUCGUCCGAUAUAUUUGUGCCUAAUCACGGGGGUGACAACAAUGGAGGAAAUUUUGCUACUUCCGAAUUGAAUGUUGAUGAAGAAGCACCUCUGAUUCCAUCUGCAACACGGCUAUCGCAUAUUGGGCGGACACAACUUAAUCACACGGCAUAGUCGAUGAGAGUCCAAGUAUAGAUGAUGUUAAGUGACUUAUUAUUUGUCUGGGAAAACGAACGAGAAAUGGGGAGGAAGCGGGUCCAAAUGCAUCUUGGUUCAUCAUAUUUCAAUGGAAGAUUUUUCUUUUGUUUUUUGUUUUUUUUUUUUUCUUUUCUUUUCUUUUCUUUUCCAAUGGAAGGAAUAGAUAUUUACUUCAAGCCCAUGAGCAAUUGAAGUGUAACUCCUGGCAAUUUGUUGAAUGUGCAUGCCUUAGUUUUUCCUGAAUGAUAGUUCAGGACUGAUUUUUAGGUGAUCGAGCUUAGAGCAAGUACAAAGAAUGAAGUUGAUUCUGGGCAA